UAUAAAUAUUAUCGAUGUAUUGUAUAAAAAUUCCCAUGAAAUAGUAUUUGGACCUGCUAUUCUUAGAUCAUGGUUAGUUUAAAAAAUAUACAUUGUUCUUUGUCAUAAAUAUAUUAUAAAAAUUGAAUUAACCAGGAGGAUAAAAAUAUUUCUAAAAUAUUUAUUGUGUAGAAAGAAUUGGACUAAAUUUAAUAUCAUGGAAAAAUCACAGAAAAUGCCAAAAGUGGCAAAGGUUAAAAAUAAAGCACCUGCUGAAAUUCAAAUAACAGCAGAGCAACUUUUGCGGGAGGCAAAAGAACGGGACCUAGAAAUCUUACCACCACCACCAAAACAAAAGAUUUCUGAUCCUCAUGAGUUAGCUGAUUAUCAACAUCGGAAACGUAAAGCUUUUGAAGAUAAUAUUCGUAAAAAUCGUAUGGUGAUUUCAAAUUGGAUAAAAUAUGCUCAAUGGGAAGAAAGUCAAAAGCAGAUACAACGAGCAAGAUCCAUAUAUGAACGUGCUUUAGAUGUUGACCAUAGAAACAUUACAUUAUGGCUCAAAUACACAGAAAUGGAAAUGCGAAAUCGUCAAGUAAAUCAUGCCAGAAAUUUAUGGGACCGUGCUGUUACUAUAUUACCUAGAGCAAAUCAAUUUUGGUAUAAAUACACUUAUAUGGAAGAAAUGUUAGAAAAUAUUGCUGGAGCACGUCAGGUAUUUGAAAGAUGGAUGGAAUGGGAACCUGAUGAACAGGCAUGGCAAACAUACAUCAAAUUUGAAUUGAGAUAUAAGGAAAUUCAGAGAGCUAGACAAAUUUAUGAACGUUUUGUAAUGGUACAUCCUGAUGUUAAGCACUGGAUAAAAUAUGCACGAUUUGAAGAAUCUCAUGGUUUUAUUAAUGGUGCUCGCAAUGUUUAUGAACGCGCCAUUGAUUUUUAUGGCGACGAAAAUUUGGAUGAAAGGCUAUUUAUUGCAUUUGCAAAGUUUGAGGAAGGACAAAGAGAACAUGAUCGAGCCAGAGUAAUUUAUAAGUAUGCAUUAGAUCAUAUUCCAAAAGAGAAAACACAGGAAAUUUAUAAAGCAUACACAAUACAUGAGAAAAAAUAUGGAGAUCGUUCAGGUAUUGAAGAUGUAAUAGUAAGUAAACGAAAAUAUCAAUACGAGCAAGAAGUGAAAGAAAAUCCUUCUAAUUAUGAUGCCUGGUUCGAUUACUUGAGAUUAGUAGAAUCAGAAGGGAAUGUGGAUGUCAUUAGGGAAACUUACGAACGUGCGAUAGCCAAUGUACCACCAACUAAAGAAAAGCUAUUUUGGAGAAGAUAUAUUUAUCUUUGGAUAAAUUAUGCUCUUUUUGAGGAACUUGAUACUGAAGAUAUAGAAAGAUGCAGACAAGUCUAUAAAGCUUGCUUAGAAUUAAUUCCUCACAAACAUUUCACUUUCUCUAAAAUCUGGUUAUUUUAUGCGUAUUUUGAAAUAAGACAGAAAAAUCUCACAGCAGCUAGAAAAAAAUUAGGUAUGGCAUUGGGUAUUUGUCCUAGAGAUAAAUUAUAUCGUGGAUACAUUGAUUUAGAAAUACAAUUGAGAGAAUUUGAUAGAUGUAGAAUUUUAUAUGAAAAAUUCCUCGAAUUUGGACCAGAAAAUUGUACUACAUGGAUGAAGUUCGCAGAGUUAGAAACGCUUUUGGGCGAUGUAGAACGAGCACGAGCUAUUUACGAAUUAGCUAUAUCGCAGCCAAGAUUGGAUAUGCCAGAACUCUUAUGGAAAUCAUAUAUUGAUUUUGAAAUAUCACAAGAUGAAACAGAAAACGCAAGGCAAUUAUUCGAAAGAUUAUUGGAACGUACACUUCAUGUUAAAGUUUGGAUUGCCUAUGCUAAGUUUGAAUUAGCUAAUUCGACAACUGAGGAUGGUCUGGAUAAUGUUGUGCUGGCAAGAAGAAUUUUUGAACGUGGAAACGAUGCACUUAGAUCGAACGGUGAUAAAGAAAGUAGAGCAUUGCUUUUAGAAGCAUGGAGAGAUUUUGAAAGUGAGAAAGGAGAUGAUGACACUCGAGCUAAAAUUAUGGAAAAAAUGCCCCGAAGGAUUAAACGUAGAAGACGUAUUGUUGGAGAAGAUGGGAGUGAUGAUGGUUGGGAAGAAGUAUUUGAUUUUGUUUUCCCAGAAGAUGAAUCACAGAGACCUAAUCUUAAAUUCUUGGCAUCUGCUAAAGCUUGGAUGAAACAGAAAGAAAUGAAUGACAAAAAUGAAAAUAAUCAGAUAGAUUCCAAUAGUUAGAAAAAUAUUUUUUUUAUUUAGAAACAAUGUACUGUUCUUGUAAAUAAAUUAAUGUUUGAUUUUUUCACUGUAAAUAAAAAUAUUAAUUAGCUUUUAAUUUUUUUAAGAGCAUCAAUUCCUUUUUUUCAAAUUUUAAGAUUCUACUUAGUUCACUCUAUACUAGACAUACUAAGAGAUACUAAGUUUAUAAUUUAAAAAAUCAUAAUAUAAUGUAUUAAAUCUUGGUCAUUUUUGUAACUAUAUAGAAUUUAUAUAAAGUGGCUCAGUUAAGUGAGAUCAUCUAAAUUUUUGCCUUAUUUAUUGUUGCACGAAAAAUGUUUUCAGGACAAAGUUACAGUAUUUGAUCAUUUCAUGGUCAUUUUUAGAAAUAGAACCUCAUUUUUCGAUAUCUUUGUAGAAUGUGACAAAACAAAUUCAGCAAUCUUAAUAAUCAUACAGUUCCUAUCAUAUAAUCUUGAGAUAUUUGCAUGUGGCAUAUAAAACCGUGGUCUAAAUGCGUAAGAAAUUUGUAAGAUUCUUAAGGAAAAUAUAAACAAUAUGAGGAAUAAAAAAUAA